UGGGAUGGGAUGGAAUGGGCCUCGCCCGGCCCGGUCCGGCCCGGAGAAGGGGGCGGGAAGGGGAGGGGGGCAGGCGGCGUGGCCCGGCCGAGCCGGCUGCGCUCCCUUGGGAUGCAUGUUCCGUGUGAUCCCGGCCUGCUCCACGCCUGGCCUGGUGGCUUCCGGCUGCCGCCUGCGCCCCGUCUUAUCUCUUGGGGGUUUUUUUGGGUUUUUUUGUGUUUAUUUAUCUGUAGGUUUUGCCCGAAUUUUAGUUGUCCGUGUGAUAAACGCCUGCCUUGUGCCAGAAUUAGGGACACGGGCUCAGUUUAAAUCCAACCGAAGGCAGCCAAAAAUCGGCCGUAAUAAAGAGCCUCAGGGGAGAUCGCGUUUGGCUGGAAGGGCUUGGCUGCGAAUGCCUGGGGUUUCGUUUUCCUGAGCCCCACACAAGUAAUGGCCACCUACACUUGCAUCACUUGCCGUGUGGCUUUCAAGGAUGGUGACAUUCAGCGUGCCCAUUACAAAACCGACUGGCACAGGUACAACCUGAAGCGUAAAGUUGCUGACAUGCCUCCUGUUACUGCUGAGAAUUUCCAGGAGAGAGUCCUGGCAAUGAGAGCAGUAGCAGAGGAGCAGAACAAAAUCACUGCCACUUACUGCACAGUGUGCAGCAAGAGGUUCUCCACCUUCAAUGCCUAUGAGAAUCACCUGAAUUCCAAGAAGCACGUGGAGCUGGAGAAGAAAGCUGUCCAAGCUGUCAGCAAGAAGGUGAAAAUAUUAAAUGAGAAGAAUCUGGAAAAGGGGCUGGCCCCAGAGAGUGUAAAUAAAGAUGAAAUGAACACAGCUAUUCAGCAAGCCAUCAGAGCCCAGCCAUCUUCGUCUCCAAAGAAGACACCUCUGCCUCCUAAUAAUGCGAGUAGCUCUCCAGUUUCCGGGGAAAGAGCCAGCUUGUCCCAGAGCAGAGAACGACCAGAAAUACCUCCACGGCUGCAGUGGUUUGAACAGCAAGCAAGGAAGCUGGCCAAGCAACAAGCAGAGGAAGAAGAGGAUAAUGAGGAAGACUGGGAAGAUAUGGAUUCUGAUGAAGACAUUGGCUCUGACGAAGAGAUGGAAAGUGUGGAAGAAGAAGAGGAACAGCAGGCAGAGGCUGAAAGCAUUCCUGCUGUUGGGGCCAUACCAGUCACAGACUGCUUGUUCUGUCCCCAUCACUCAAGAUCUCUCACAAAAAAUGUGGCGCAUAUGACAAAAAUCCACAGCUUCUUCAUUCCAGACAUAGAGUACCUUGUGGAUCUCAGAGGACUAAUCAAGUAUCUUGGAGAGAAAGUCGGUGUUGGGAAAAUCUGCAUCUGGUGCAAUGAAAAGGGGAAAUCCUUCUACUCUACGGAAGCAGUCCAGGCUCAUAUGAAUGAUAAAAGCCACUGCAAACUCUUCACAGAUGGAGAUGCUGCCCUGGAAUUUGCAGAUUUCUAUGAUUUUAGGAGCAGUUAUCCUGAUCACGAGGAUGGGAAAGAUGUGGAGGGUCUUGGAAAGCACUCAGCAGAGAAAGAGUUGGAUUAUGAUGAUGACACCAUGGAGCUGAUCCUUCCAUCAGGUGCCAGAGUGGGUCACCGUUCCUUGAUGAGGUACUACAAGCAGCGUUUUGGUGUGACAAGAGACGUGGCUGUUGCAAAGAACAAGAAAGCCGUGGGUCGGGUGCUGCAGCAGUACCGAGCCUUGGGCUGGACAGGGCAGGCAGCGGCCAUCUCUGCUCAGCAGCGUGACAUGCAGUACCUGCAGAGGAUGAAGUCAAAAUGGAUGCUCAAGACAGGAAUGAGUAAUAAUGCUACAAAGCAGAUGCACUUCCGGAUGCAAGUCAGAUUCUGAGUUCCAAAGAGAACUGCCUACAGCUGGUUAUGGGAAGGGGGAUUUAAUGGUUUCUGGGUUGUGGAUUCUCCUAUUAAAAUGGACUUGGUACCUAUUAAA